AUGCCGAUCGCAGCCAAACACAGCAGCAGAUCCAUUUCCCACAUGGUCCCAGGGGGGGUCCAGGGGGGGUCCAGGCGGGACGUCUCCCGCGGGACGUUAGCGGGAGACGUCCUGUUAGCGGGAGACGUCCUGUUAGCGGGAGACGUCCUGUUAGCGGGAGACGUCCUGUUAGCGGGAGACGUCCUGUUAGCGGGAGACGUCCUGUUAGCGGGAGACGUCCUGUUAGCGGGAGACGUCCUGUUAGCGGGAGACGUCCUGUUAGCGGGAGACAAAGACAGUUUGAAUUACAGUAAGACGUUCUGCGAGUCCCGGGAGACCAGAGGCGAGCUCCACUUCAGAGGCUCAGACUCUGCACCAGGAGAGAACCAGUCGUCCGACAAUGGUAUUUUCAUCCAGAAACCAGAAAGCACCACAGCAACUAAAGGGAAAGACAUCACCUUCGUCACCAAAGUGGACUCCAGUUCGCUCCCUCGUAAACCGGUCCUGAAGUGGUUCAAAGGGAAAUGGCUGGAUCUGGGAAGCAAAGCAGGGAAGCACCUGCAGUUCAAGGAGACCUACGACCGCAACACAAAGAUUUACACGUUCGAGAUGAGCAUCAUCAAAGUGGUGGACGGAGACGCAGGAGGAUACCGCUGUGAGAUCAGCUCCAAGGACAAGACUGACUGCUGCUACUUCGACAUCUCCGUCCAGGCUGUCGAGGAGGAUCAGCAGGACAACAUUUUGGAAGCCUUCAAACGAUCGUGA